AUGGCCGCUGGCAUUUCUAAUGACACUCUUCGCUCCUCCUGCUCCUCCUCCUCCUCCGUUCCUCACGGCUCCUUCGUUGGCUUCUCCAGACUCAUCUUUGCAACGGAAGAUCGCUCAGCUUUGCGGGAGAUCUCGGACCAGGAGGCCGCAUUAUCGAGGCAGAAGCGGCCCCAUCAUAAAUCCAGAAAUGGCUGCUUGUCGUGCAAACGCCGCAGAGUCAAGUGCGAUGAGAGCACGCCGGCCUGCACGAACUGUGCCAAGCGCCGCGAAAACUGUGAAUGGCCGUCGCGCUUGCAGCGGACGAUGCCAUCCCGAUCCCGGUCUCCGUCGAUAGAGACGGCGAUAUCGCAGCGCCUGCUGGACUCGGCUAAUCCGAACUUGAAUCUACUGCAUUUGAAGCUCUUCCACCACUUCGCGUGCGCGACGCGCGAGACGCUCAUCUUCAAAGAGGUGUGGGAUGAAGGGCUCCAGCUCUCCUUCCAACAUGAAUACCUGAUGCACUCGAUCCUGUUCCUCGCGGCCCGGCACCUAUCCGUGCUGGUGCCCAACGACCCCCGAUAUUCCACGGCAGCCAUCGCCCAUCUCUCUCAGGCGUCUCGCUUGUAUCGACAGGCGCUAUCGGAGCGGUUCACCGAGGCAAACAUCGAUGCCCUGCUGUGCACGGGGAUUCUGCUCUACUACGAUGCUUGGAUGAAUGUCGAUUUUGUCUCCAUGGGCACCGACUCGGUCGGGCUCUCGUUGGAGUUUGCUAAGGACCACCUGUUCACGCUCUCCCCCGGGAUGUCGCAGAUUUUCUUGACCGCGAUACCGCUGAUGACCCGUAAACCCUCCACUUUCAUUAACGGGGUCCUCCACCAGCCCAGCCGGACGGUCCAAGAGGCGCUCACCACAUUCCGUCUCGAUGCAUCCCAAUACCUAUACUUCUUCGCGCAAUGGUACGAUACCGCGUUGGAUCACCGGGCAUUGACGCUUCCGCGACUGUCACAGCCUGGUGGUGCAGACCAGAGUCGUCGGCUGACCUUUGAAUACCGAUACGAGCCGACCGAUGAUCCGCUAGAAGCGUAUAUGGCCGUCGUCUGUCGACUCUCCAACAUUCUGGCGGUUCUGCCCGACGCCCGCGAGGGAUCAAGGUCCCUCUUAGAGGACGAUCCGUCUCUGGUCGAUGACGUGUCGAGACUCUUCCUCACUUUCCCGAUGCUCUGUCACGCCCCGUUCAUCCAAAUGCUAAGAGAGAGAGAUCCCAGGGCGCUGCUGCUGAUGUAUCACUUCUAUCGCGCCGCGAAGAUCUUAUUACCUGAGGAUAAAUGCUGGUGGGCGGCGAAGCGCGCGGAUUUGUUACAAAGGGCGUUGAAGUCAGUGUUGGUUGGAGAAACAACGGAAAUAUGA